AGGGAUUUCUAGAGAGAGAAAAGAGGGGUUUCUAGAGAGAGAAAAGAGGGUUUUAUUGAGAGAGAAAUAGAAGAACACUUCUAUUCUCCAGGAAAAAACCACAAGAAGAAAGAAGCAAAUCCGCAGACCAUGGAGCGAUUUGAGUGAAAUUAUUGAAUAAAAAGUUGAGAAAAAUUAGAAGAAAAAAAAGGAAUGGGAAGAGGGAAGAUUGUGAUAAGAAGAAUAGACAAUUCAACGAGCAGACAAGUGACGUUCUCAAAGAGAAGAAAUGGAUUGCUGAAGAAAGCUCGAGAGCUUUCAAUCCUUUGUGAUGCCGAAGUUGGAUUGAUCGUUUUCUCAAGCACAGGAAAGCUCUAUGAUUAUUCCACCACCAGCAUAAGAUCAAUUACCGAUCGUUACUACAAGGUGAAAGAGGAGCAAAAUCAGCUGAUGAACUCUGUUUCAGAACUCCAGUUUUGGAAAAGAGAGGCAGCAGCUUUGAAGCAACAACUGCAUUACUUGCAAGAAUGUCACAGACAAUUGAUGGGCGAAGAACUAUCUGGCCUGAGUGUCAAAGAUCUACAAAAUCUAGAAAACAAGUUGGAAAUGAGCUUGAAAGGUGUCCGUGUAGAAAAGGAAAAGAUUUUAAGGGAUGAAAUUACGGAACUAAGACAGAAGGGGAAUCAUAUGCAUCAAGAAAAUGUGGAACUAUACAAGAAGUUAGAUAUGAUUCACAAGGAAAAUGCAGAACUGCAAAUGAAGGUUUAUGGACCAAUGGAAGUGGAUAAAACGAGCAGUAGCUCAACUCAACAAUUCACUAUCACCAAUAGAUACAGUAUGCCUGCUCUACAGCUAAGACAGCCACAACCACAAAACAGUGAAACAUCAGUACCAGGGAUAAAGCUGGGAUUGCAACUGCAAUAACAGCAGUUAGAUCAUGGAUAAUUUAUCCAUGGUCAUUUCUUCAACAACUCAUCAUACAGUAUGAAUCAUGUUCAACAUGAAGGUGUCUCCUGCUUCCGUUUUCACCAGAUCCCUCACAUUUGGUAUGCAAUGUUCUUCAAACUCUAUAUAUGCGAUAAAUUUAGCAGCCAGACCAGCUACCUAUGUAAGUUUACAAAUAAUGACAAUGCACCAUGUGCCAUGUGUUGUUCUAGCUGUUAUUAAAAGUUUGUUGUGUUAAUUAAUUAGACCA